AGAGAGCAGGAGCGAGAGAUGAGAAAGGGGAUCCAGCCCGCCCUGGAGCAGUACCUGGUGACCGCCGGGGGUGGGGAGGGGGCGGCUGUCGCCGCCACCGCCGCCGCCGCCGCUGCAGCCUCCAUGGACAAAAGGGCACUGCUGGCCAGCCCCGGCUUCCCCGCCGCCGCCGCCGCCGCCGCCGCCUCGGGCGCGUACAUCCAGAUCCUCAGCACCAACACUUCCACCACCUCCUGCUCCUCCUCCCUCCAAAGCGGCCCCCUCCUCCCCAGUGCCCCCGGCGCGGAGCCGGGCGCCGGCAGCUUCCUCUACACCACGCCGCACGGACCCUCCGGCACGGCCGGGCUGCUGCGACAGCCUCCAGCGCCGGGACGCGGCGGCGGCGGCGGCGGCGGCGGCCCUCCGGCAAAGCGAAGGCUGGAGCUCGGAGAAAGCGGUCACCAGUACCUCUCCGAUGGUCUGAAAACCCCCAAGGGCAAGGGCAGAGCUGCACUCCGAAGUCCGGACAGUCCCAAAACUCCAAAAUCUCCCUCAGAAAAAACGCGGUAUGAUACGUCCCUUGGUCUGCUCACCAAGAAGUUCAUUCAGCUCCUGAGCCAGUCGCCCGACGGGGUCCUGGAUCUGAACAAGGCGGCCGAGGUGUUGAAGGUGCAGAAGCGGAGGAUCUAUGACAUCACCAACGUGCUGGAGGGCAUCCACCUCAUCAAGAAGAAGUCCAAGAACAACGUGCAGUGGAUGGGCUGCAGUCUGUCUGAGGAUGGGGGCAUGCUGGCCCAGUGCCAAGGCCUAUCCAAGGAAGUGACCGAGCUCAGUCAGGAGGAGAAGAAAUUAGACGAAUUGAUCCAAAGCUGCACCCUGGACCUCAGACUGUUAACCGAGGAUUCAGAGAAUCAAAGGUUAGCUUAUGUUACAUAUCAAGAUAUUCAAAAAAUUAGUGGCCUUAAAGACCAAACUGUUAUAGUUGUGAAAGCCCCUCCAGAAACAAGACUUGAAGUGCCUGACCCAGUAGAGAACCUACAAAUACGUUUGGCAAGUACCCAAGGGCCCAUUGAGGUUUAUUUGUGUCCAGAAGAGACUGAAACGCACAGUCCAAUGAAAACAAACACCCAAGACCACAAUGGGAACAUCCCUAAACCCACUUCCAAAGACUUGGCUUCAACCAACUCAGGACAUAAUGACAGCUCGAUUUCCAUGGCGACCCUUUCUCCUCUCCCCUCCCCUGCCAACCUUCUGCAGCAGACGGACGACCAAAUCCCUUCCAGCCUGGAAGGGCCGUUUGUGAACUUGCUGCCUCCGCUGCUCCAAGAAGACUAUCUGCUCAGCCUGGCCGAGGGCGAGGGCAUCAGCGACCUCUUCGACGCCUACGACCUGGAGAAGCUCCCGCUGGUGGAAGACUUCAUGUGCAGUUGAUCAGGCCGGCGGGUGGCGCGCGGAACUCCCUCUUCUAGAAACCAAUUAUUUUUUUAAUCAUCGAACCAGAACAUCUGUCAUGCAGUGUUGUCCGCCCUCCGCCCUUCCUUCUUCCUCCAAGACGGUAUCAUGAAGUCCACGACGGAAAACUUCGGAGCAAAGCUGACAUUUUCAUGAAUUUUUAAA